AUGCUCGUGCUACGUAGUUUGACCUGCCUUUUUAUCUCAGUUCUCUGGGUGGCGUCUUCUACCGCAUUUCCCACCGCCGAGGAGAAGCGCCAGGCCACCGUCACGGAGCUUCCGAGCUACGACUUCGUCAUUGUGGGAUCGGGAGCCGGCGGAGGACCUCUUGCUGUUAGGCUUGCUCUCAGUGGCCGCAAGGUUCUUCUUCUUGAAGCUGGAGAUGACCAGGGAGACAGCGUUCAGCAGUCGAUCCCGGCGUUCUUUCCGGCUGCCAGUGAAUAUGGACCAAUGUCGUGGGAUUUCUUUGUCAGACAUUAUCCUGAUGACGCCCGGGAAGCGAGAAACUCCAAGGCCACCUACACCACGCCCAGCGGCGGGACAUAUGUUGGAUUGAACCCACCUGCUGGCUCGAAGCUGAAGGGUAUCUGGUACCCAAGGGCAGGCACCUUGGGCGGCUGUGCUGCUCAUAAUGCCAUGAUAACGGUCUAUCCAUACCAAAAAGACUGGUCCUUUAUCCAAACCGUUACCGGCGACCCAUCCUGGUCUCCGGCCAAUAUGCGCAAAUACUUUACACGGUUGGAGCGCAAUGGAUAUAUAACAACGCAAACAGACCCCUCUGCUGUUGGCCACGGCUUUAAUGGCUGGCUUGGCACUGACGAAGUGGAUCUGGAGCUUAUGGCAAAGGACCCCCAGAUCCUUUCGAUGCUCACCGCAACCAACUCUGCGCUGAAAGGUGCCCCAGCCGAAAACAUAACCGACGCUGCAAGCCUGAAGAGGGCGUUUCCUCAGGAUAUGAAUUCCGACUAUGCCAACCGGGACUCGACUCAAGGCCUUUUUCGCAUCCCUAUGGCUGUCUCAGAUGGAAAGAGAAGCAGCCCGCGUGAUUUUCUUCUUGCUACUGCAAACGCAGUCAACGCCGAUGGAUCCAAAAAAUACAAACUCGACAUCCGCCUCAAUACUCUAGUUACCAAGGUGCGGUUCGCACCGUCCACUAAUAAGAAGAACGCCCCGCUUAAGGCAGUUGGUGUCGACUUUCUUGACGGCCCAAGCUUGUACAGGGCAGAUCCUCGAGCUGGUACAGCCAGCCCUGGAAGACCCGGCCGUGUCAAUGCUACUCGCGAAGUCAUCAUCUCAGCCGGCACUUUCAACACUCCCCAGCUUCUCAAGCUGAGCGGUAUCGGACCAAAGGCUGAACUCCAGAAGUUCAAUAUUCCUGUCGUGGCUGACCUUUCAGGCGUUGGUGCCAACCUUCAGGACCACUACGAGAUCAGCACUGUCGUCAAGUACGACACAGACUUCACCUUCCUCAAGGACUGCACGUUUCUCACUCCUGGCACGAAUGAUGCUUGCUUCGCACAAUGGAUCAGCGGCUCAGACCAAAAGGGACCCUACGGAACCAACCUUGCCCAAGCUGCGGUUCUAAUGAAGUCGAAUCCUGCUGUCGCUGACCGUGACUUGUUCAUAUUCGGAGGGCCAAUCAAGUUCACCGGCUACUUUCAAGGUUACACCGCCGCCGCUAUCUCUGACACCAAGCAUUGGAGUUGGCUCACGCUCAAGUCGUAUCAGAAGAACAUUGCAGGUACCGUCACACUGCGCUCCGCCAGCCCCCAGGACAUGCCUGCCAUCAGUUUCAAUUAUUUCGAUGCCGGCACCACUGCGGGCGGCAUCGAUCAGCUAGACCUCCAACAGAUGGUUAAAAGCGUCAAGUUCAGUCGCGGCAUCUACGGAAACAUCUCAGCCCCGUACCAAGGUCGUUUCGUCGAGGAAUUUCCGGGCCCAAACACCAAGACUGAUGACCAGAUCAAGGAGUUUAUCAAGAAUGAGGCAUGGGGCCACCACGCAACCAGCACCGCGCGUAUAGGCGCAGACAGUGAUCCUUUCGCUGUCGUCGACUCUCGCUUCCGCGUCAAGGGAGUCCUUGGUUUGCGCGUUGUCGAUGCUUCCGUGUUUCCCGCCGUUCCGGGCUUCUUUCCUGUCGUUUCCGUUUACAUGGUCUCGGAGAAGGCUGCCGAUGUCAUUAUAGCCGAUAACCCCUUAUGA